CAUGCUUAUCCCAAAUCCCACUCAAAUUCCACUACACUUAAGUCAUGUCUAAGAUUCAACUCUAUAGCUGAUCUAUCUCCCAUACAUAUACCUGUCAUCAUCUCCUAAUCUCUAUAUAUACACAUUAUACACUCAAAUAUCCAUCUAUCAUUCUUCAUCAUCCCUUCUCCGCCGCUUCUCUCUCUUCUCUCUCUCUCACUACAUCAUGAAGAAAUCAUCAUCCAACUCCAACCAAGGACUAGUCACCGAUGCCAUUCGAGCUGUGAUUAUGGCGUUGGUGGUGAUAAUCUUCAUAGGAUAUAUCUUCAUCUGGUUCAUGACUCCUACUAAUCUCUACCGAAAAAAAUGGCUUCCUCUCAUGAGAAUCAAAGCUAAUUCAACUUACUUUGGAAAUCAAGGUCCUGUCAUAUUAGUUUACACUUUUCCAGUGCUAUUGGUUGCUAUCAUGAGUGGUGUCUAUCUCCACUUGGGGACCAAAAAUAAUAACAAUCUCCAAAGUGAGAAUGAGAAAACCAAGUCGAUAAUUCGGUUAGGAGCUGCAUGGAAGCGGCCCAUGGUUAUGAAAGGGCUCGGAAUCGUGUCUCGUAUAGAGUUUGCUUUCUUUGUUAUGUUCAUCGCUCUCCUCACUUGGUCUCUCUCCACCUAUUUGCACAAUUCCUUUGCGACUAUCACUACAAAGUCGCUUCAAAAGUCUGGCCAUAAGAUGUGGGAAGCAAAGUUGGAGAAUGCGGGUCUAAGGCUAGGGCUUGUUGGGAAUAUAAUAUUGUCGUUUCUCUUCUAUCCGGUUACUCGAGGAUCAUCCAUUCUCCCCAUAAUCGGGCUGACAUCGGAAUCCAGCGUUAAGUACCACAUAUGGCUCGGCCACCUCACUCUUAUCUUCUACACCGCACAUGGAAUUUGCUAUAUAGUAUAUUGGGCCGCCACAAACCAAUCAUCCGAGAUGUUGAAAUGGGCAAAGCAUGAUAUAUCAAACCUAGCCGGAGAGAUAGCUUUGUUGUGUGGGUUGGCAAUGUGGGUGACCGCGAUUCCUCGAAUAAGACGAAAGGCGUUUGAGCUCUUCUUCUACACACACCAACUUUAUGCUCUUUUCGUCAUCUUCUUUGUGUUACACGUUGGCCUUGCCUUUCCUUGUAUAAUGCUUCCGGGGUUCUUUCUCUUCCUCGUAGACCGUUUUCUUCGUUUCUUGCAGUCAAGAAGUUCCGUUAGAUUGGUUUCCGCUAGACUCCUUCCAUGUGAUGUUGUGCAACUCGACUUCUCCAAGACCCGAGGUCUAAAUUAUAAUCCUACAAGCAUAAUGUUCUUGAAUGUGCCUAGCAUCUCCAAGAUGCAAUGGCAUCCUUUCACCGUCGCCUCCAGCAGCAGCCUCGAACCCGAGAAAUUAAGCGUUAUCAUUAAAUGUGACGGAAACUGGUCAAGAAAGCUUUUUAAGACGCUCUCUAAUAAGUCUAUGGUUGAUCGACUCGAUGUUGCCAUAGAAGGACCUUAUGGACCCGUUUCAAACCGCUUUCUAAGUCACAAUGCUCUGAUAAUGGUGAGCGGAGGGAGUGGCAUAACCCCGUUCAUCUCCAUAAUAAGAGAGCUCAUUUUCCUUAGCGAAACCCUAAAAACACCCGAAAUCCUCCUCAUCGCUGUAUUCAAAAACUCUUCCGACCUUACAAUGCUAGAGCUCAUGCUUCCAUGUUCUGGUUCUCCUACAUUUCCCUCCAACUUCAACCUCAGAAUCGAGGCCUAUGUCACCCGACAGAAACAACCGCCACCACCCGGAACCCUAACAAAAGCAUCUGUUCAAACCGUGUAUCUCAAACCAGCCCCCUCGGAUGCUCCCAUCUCUCCCGUUCUCGGGCCCAACAGUUGGCUGUGGCUUUCGGUCAUCAUAUGUUCAUCCUUCGUAAUGUUCCUCAUCUUCAUGGGGAUUAUGACCCGAUACUACAUAUACCCGAUCGAUCACAACACUAAUCAUAUUUACUCUUAUACUUCCCGGGCUCUUCUCAACAUGGUUAUCAUAUGCGCAUCAAUUUCAGUCACUGCGAGUGCAGCGUUUUACUGGAACAAGAAGCAGCUCGCUCGAGAUACAAAUCAAAUCCUGAACGUUGAAGGAGCAACGCCGAUGGCUUCACCCUGCUUCAAUGUUGGAGCUGCGGAAAGGGAAUUGGAGUCUCUUCCUCAUGAAUCACUUCUCGAGUCCACAACAGUUCACUAUGGUGAAAGGCCUGAUCUUAAGAGAAUUUUGUUCGAGAGGAAAGAGAGGAGCAUUGGAGUUCUAGCGUCUGGGCCGAGGCAAAUGCGUGGAGAGGUGGCUCGAAUAUGUUCAGCCGGCCUGGAAGAUAACCUUCACUUUGAGUCCAUUAGCUUCAGUUGGUGAUCUCUAUGAAAAUGAUGAUCAAUCCUGUUAAUUACUUUUGUGUUUAUGUUUACAACUUUUAAAAAGAGGAAAAUAGAAUUCCUCUUCGUAUGUUUAAGAUAGGUUCAUACAUAAAUAAUGUUUCACCCGACAUAAAGAAAAUAAAAGAGAAGUACUUGCGCUAGUUGAAAA